AUGUACAAAAUGGAUUACUCCUACCUCAACUCCUACGACUCCUGCAUGGCCGCCAUGGAAGCCUCUGCCUACGCGGACUUCAACUCCUGCAGCCAGGCAAACACUUUCCAGUACAACCCCAUCAGGACCGGCUUUGGGAGCAACCCGGGGUGCCCGCCGCUCAGCACGGCCAACUGCACCUUGGGGGCCCUGAGGGACCACCAGCCUUCGCCUUACUCCACAGUUCCCUACAAGUUCUUCUCGGACCCCUCGGGCAUCAACGAGAAGAGGAAGCAGAGAAGGAUCAGAACCACGUUCACCAGCUCCCAGCUGAAGGAACUGGAGAGGGUCUUCGCUGAGACCCACUAUCCAGACAUCUACACUCGGGAGGAGCUGGCGCUGAAGAUCGACCUCACUGAAGCCAGGGUCCAGGUUUGGUUCCAGAACCGACGCGCCAAGUUCCGCAAGCAAGAACGGGCGGCAAAUGCCAAAGGGGUGAAUGGCGGCUCCUCGGCCAACAAGAAAUCUGACCCGCGCUCUUCUUCGGAAGACGACGAGUCCAAGGAAUCCAACUGCAGCCCCACCCCGGACAGCACUGCUUCACUGCCCCCCACGGGCAGCCUCAACAGCCCCGGGAGCAGCCUGAGCCCCAGCCCCGGCACGGGGCAGGGCCUCGGACCCAGCCAUGCCACCCAGUCCUUAAAGGCUCCCAUCUGGCCAGGGGUCAGCACCAGCAAUGGUGCCACCAACACGGCAGAGCUCCUGAAGGCAUGGCAGCCAGCUGAGGCCAUGCCAGGACCUUUCUCCGGCGUCCUCUCCUCCUUCCACAGGAAGCCCAACGUGCUCAAGACAAACCUGUUCUAA